AUGAACGUGCUUAAGUUUUCUUGGAUUAAACUGACUCAAACAGAAGCUUUGGAUCAACCACGUGGAAAGUUAGAGAAAGCUUUCUUUGAAUCUACAUACAGACUUACAUAUAUAAUGGGCCUUUCUACAUCUGAACGAAGUCCAUAUUAUUCAAUUUACAGCGAAAUCGUAAAGUCACUUAUUGCUUUAUUUAUUUGUUGUGAAUUGUGGAACCUCUACAGCGAGACCAAUAACUUAAAUAGCAUCGUAGAUAAUAUCAACGUAACUCUUAUUCAUCUUAUUGGUGUCUUUCGAUACAAGAAUAUGGUUUGGAAUAAAUCCUUUUAUAAAAAACUGGCGAAAUCCACACAAUCACCGCAUUUUGAUAUUUCCACCGAAGAGAGAAACAAAAUGAUGGCUUUUUGGGCUUCUAAAAAUGAAAAAUAUUUGAGAUUAUUGCUUACAUUGGGAUCUUGCACUUUGUCCGUGUGGUAUGUCUACCCUCUUGUCGACGAUUUGCAAUAUAACCUGCCUGUAGCAAUACGCCUUCCCUUCGACUACCGCAACCCGACACUCUACCCCCUCACGUACAUCUUAAUUGUUGUCGCAUUUAAUUACGUCGCUUUCUGCGUAAUUACCAUUGACGUUAUUAUGCAAGCUCAUUUGAUACACCUUAUUUGCCAGUUUACGAUACUGGCGAAUUGCUUCGAGAAUAUUUUGGCCGACUGUUCACCAAAAGGACCUCAGACAACAAAAUAUGUUUUUAAUAAUAAAUUAAAGAGAAAAUAUUUAAAGAGAUUCGACAAUCUUGUGGAUCAGCACAGGUUUAUUUUGAAAAAAACAUUGGAAUUGAAGAAGAUAUUAAGUUUACCGAUGUUGGGUCAGCUGGCAUCCAGUGGGAUGCUUAUUUGCUUUGCUGGAUACCAAGUUACGUUAACUGUGAAAUUAAGUAUUGCAAAAUUUUUAACGAGCCUACUGUAUUUGGGAUACAACGUGUUUGAACUAUUUGUAUUUUGUCGUUGGUGCGACGAACUUAAGAUGCAGAGUGAAAACAUUGGCAAAGCAGUGUACUCUUCAAAUUGGAACUGCGGGCUUGUGCUGAUAUCUGGUGUACGGUCUCGCAUCCUUCUCGUCACAGCCAGGGCUCAGAAACCGCUUGUUUUGUCUGCUGGAGGAUUUUGCGAUGUCUCCCUGGUCACAUUCACUACUUUGGUGAAAACUUCCUACAGCGCUCUUACUGUUUUGCUUCGCUUUCAAGAUUAA